AUGUCUCAUCAGCCUUCUCGAGAGAGAUCCAACAGCACAUCUGCGGCUUUAGUCGGCAGGGAGCUGGCUGCCGAUCCCGACAUUGCUAAGCGGGUACUCAGAAAAAUUGACUACACACUCAUUCCUUUGUUGUUUGUAACAUACAUGUUCAAUUUUAUGGAUAAGACUAUCCUGUCGAGCGCCGCGGUAUUUGGCCUGAGAGAAGACAAUAACCUUAAGAACCAGGAGUACAGCUGGGUUGGAAGCAUAUUCUACUUUGGCUACCUUGUUUUCGAAUAUCCAGCUACUAUACUCAUCACUCGUCUACCCACGGCUCGAUACCUGACGGUCAACACUGUCUUUUGGGGCAUAGUCGUAGCGCUCACAGCAGCAUGCUCGAACUUUGCUGGGCUUAUGACGGUGCGGUUCCUCCUCGGGAUGGCAGAGGCUAGCAUCACUCCGGGCUUCAUGUUUCUCACUUCAACGUGGUAUACCCGAGAUGAAAUGCCUACCCGUGUAGGCAUUUGGUUCGCUGGAAAUUCGUGUGGAGGCUUGGCUUCCAGCUUGCUGGCUUUUGGUGUUGGCCACAUCGGCGACCACAUGCACCCUUGGAGAUGGAUGUACAUCAUUCUCGGCGUGGGUACGUUUCUGUGGGCUAUUCCAAUCUUCCUCUUACUCCCAGAUUCCAUCUCCACCGCUCGUUUUCUUACGCCGGAGGAGCGGCAGGUCGCUGCCAACCGCACUGCCACUGCAGGCACAGGCAGCACGGAGAACGCACGGUGGAAGAUUAACCAGGUCAAGGAGUGUCUUAUUGACCCCAAGACCUGGCUUAUCUUCUUCAUCCAGUUGCUCACUCAGAUUCCCAAUGGUGGUACGCAGAGCUUCAACAACAUCGUAAUCACAUCAUUUGGCUUCACCGAGUUGCAGUCUACAUUGAUCAAUAUCCCAUAUUCAUUGAUCUGCGCCGGGAUCAUCGCUGCUACAGGCUUCUUAGCUGGCCGUUACCGUAGCCUCAACUGUUUAUUGAUCGUCAUUGUCGUUAUACCUUGCAUCAUCGGUGCCGCCGUCAUAUAUCACCGCGACAAGGUUGCCCAUGGCGUCCAGCUCUUCGCCUAUUUUCUCCUAUCGUCAGGUCCCGCGGCAGUUCCGCUAAAUAUGUCACUGGUGCAAUCCAACUACCGUGGAGUGACGAAGAAGAUGACAAUCACGGCAAUGAUGUUCAUGGCUUAUUGUGCCGGGAACAUUGCCGGUCCGCAUUUCUUCCGCCACACUGAGGCGCCGAGAUACGAGACCGCUUUUCAGGCUAUUUUGAUUUGUUACGUUCUUGUUAUCGGAUUGGCCAUAGGCUUGCGAUUCUAUCUCCAGUGGAUAAACAGGCAGCGGACCAUCGAGGAGGGCAUUGAGGGAAAUGCGGGCACAUCGGGCGUGCUGAAGAAUGGCAAAGUUGCCACGGCUAUCACAGAGUCUACUCUGACGGCCGACGAGUCGAUACCCGCACCAGAAGCUGAUGACGAUGUGACAGACUGGGAGACUGUAGGCUUCAGAUAUCGCCUUUAG